AUGCCCAGUAACGGCAUUUUGGCUUAUGAUUGUAUUUUGUUUUUUUUUAAUUCAUUACAAGUGAAUCAUCCUUUUAUAUCUCUACUUUUUUUUUCCUUUUUUCUUUUUGCCACCCUUGUCUAUACUUUUUUUCAUAUUCAAUAUUCAUCAUAUUAUCCCUUAUUUCUCCUUUUUACACUUUCCCCCCCCCCCCCCCACACACACACACCCUCCAUCCAAGAAAAAAAUUCUAUAUAUAGGCGCAACUUAGGAUAAACUGUCAGAUCACCUGAAAGAAAAAGAAUGAAUGAAGGCGGUGAGAAUGAUCAUGGUUUGCUAUGGGAAAAUAAUGAAGCGUGGUUGUUCUUGAAUUUGAAUGACCAGACGUUGGAGGGUGACAAGUUACCAGAUCCGAAUAGGUCUGAUACUUGUCAGCCGUUGACAGUUGUUAAGGAGGUGAUCGAAGCGAGUACUGAUGUUGGCAAAAAGAGAAAUCCAUCCAGCCGAAAGAAGGUCGGUAACAAAAGUGAUGCUGAUGGAGGUGGAGGUAGAGGAGGAGAAUCAGAGCAUGAGAUACACAUAUGGACAGAGAGAGAAAGGAGAAAGAAGAUGCGAAACAUGUUUGAGACUCUUCAUGCUUUGCUUCCUCAACUUCCUGCUAAGGCUGACAAGUCCACAAUUGUUGAUGAAGCUGUGAACCAAAUCAAAAAAAUGCAGAAUACUCUUGGAAAGCUUGAAACACAAAAGCUAGAAAGGCUUUAUAGCAUAAGGUUGUCUGCAAUGAAGAAUGCCAUGAUGAGUUCACAGAAAUUACCAAGCGUUGGCAAUAGUUGGGAGCAAUUUUUGGGUGAUCAAGGAUCUACUAGCAACUCAGCUGCUAUAACACCAACCAAUAAUCCUAAUAACAACAACAACAUAAGUGCUACUCCCCUUAAUUUGAUGAAGAAUAAUAAUAAUGUUCCAACAGUUUUUCAGACAUGGAGUUCACCAAAUGUGAUACUAAAUGUUUGUGGUGAAGAGGCACAUAUUAGUGUGUGUUGUCCUAAGAAGCCUGGACUAUUUAGCUUCAUUUGUUAUGUUUUGGAGAAACAUAAAAUUGAGAUUGUGUCUGCCCAAGUUUCAUCUGAUCAUUUCAGAAGCAUGUUCAUGAUCCAAGCCCAUGCAAAAGGUGGAAGUAGCUUAGCUCAAUUCUCCGAAGCAUUCACAGUGGAAGAAAUGUACAAGCAAGCUGCAAAUGAGAUAAUGUCAUUGGCAACCCCCAAAUGUUAG